UUCUAUGACGGCGUAUUUCCGUUUCCGUGUCCUUGGUAACACGAAGUGGCAUUCUCGCUGCAGAGGUUUCAAGCAAAAAUGGCAAAAAUAAGUAAGGAGACCAAACAGCGACUCCAGCAGCUGUUUCAAUGCGGACAGUUCGCCAUUCGAUGGGGUUUUAUUCCAACCGUGCUGUACUUAGGGUUCAAACGAGGAGCAGAUCCAGGAAUGCCAGAGCCCUCAGUCUUGGGCUUACUUUGGGGUUGAGGAGCGACAGCGUCCACACCAACACCCCACUUCUGAAAGCCACGACAACCACCUUGCAUUGAACAUUUAUUUUUCACAUUCUGCUCAGAAAUUUACAA